GUGUAAGAUGAAAGAUGGAGAAAUCCAAUACAAAUUUCUUACCAAUCCGAAUUCAUAUCAAUGAGUAAUUAGUAAUAUUUUAAUAAUAUGAGUAAUCCAAGCUGCUCGUGCUCUUUAACAAGUCAUUUAAAGUUUUCAAGAGAAAAUAAUUAAAAAGAAAUUGACAGCGAGUGUCAUACCCAAUUGUUUUUGACGGCACAGGGGAAAAUAUAUUCAAUCCUCUAACCAGUUGACAUAUUUACUUAUUUUUAAAAAUAAUAAAAUAUAAAAUAUAUACAACGAAGAUGAAUGCUAGAACUGAUGCCAUGUUAAUGCAAGUUUUGGAAGAGCGCAAAACAGUGAAUAGUUUUUUGGAAGCUGUGUUUGGAUUUUUAAAACGCAAUACUGAUUUUUAUCAUAUCAAAACUGACCAGGAACCUAUAGGAUUCCCCAAGGGAAUUCGUGAAAAACUCGUCUUCAUGAUAAUGCAGCAUUAUAGUCCAGAUAAUGACAUGGAAAAAUUAACAUUGGAAAACAAUGACUAUGAUGUUCCGGCAGCUGUAACGGAAAUUGAAGUAGGGACUGAGGAUUUACCAAUUCAAUCAGAAGAAAAUAUUCCUACUUCUUGUAAUAUUAAAAAUGGUAUCACAAAACAUAUAUUUAUCCCAGCAGAUUACAAAAAUGGUGCGCUUCAUGAUGUAUUUUGUUGGUCACAAACGCUUAAAGACAUUGAUUUGCAUGUAAUGUUACCGGAAUCACUCACAAGCGCCAAAUCAUUAUCAAUUGACAUAAAAGCUAAUGAAAUAAUAAUUAAAAGUAAGAAGGAUCCGAGUCAUGUUAUACUAAACGAAAAAAUAAGCAACAAAUAUAAACAUAAUGAUACUGUGUGGACAAUUUCAGAAAAUAAGUUGCUUAUAAAUUUUGACAAAUGUAAAGAAAUGUGGUGGGAAAAGCUUUUCGAUUCUGAAAAUUGUAUUGAUGUAACGAAAAUUGACUCUGAACGAUUUAUUGAAGAACUUCCUGAAGAAUCACAAGCUGCAAUACAAAAAUUUCGUGCUGAACAGUUAGAAAAAGAAAAUCAAACCCAUCAAUCCAGUUUAGAAAAUGAUGAAAUGCUACAAAAGUUACGCAAAGCGUGGGAUGCUGAAGACUCACCUUUUAAAGGGAUGCCGUUCGAAAACGUUCAAUUUCAAAAAAGAUAAACUUUCAUUUUUAGUAAUUUUUGUAUUAGUGUUAU